AUGCGACUUUGCAUCGCUGUGCACGCUGGUGUGGAACCCUCUGAGAAAAUAGAGCAACUCUUGGCAAGUCAUGGUAUCACCAGUGCUGAUCUGGCACAACUGCAACCCGAUCCGUCGCGCCCGAACAAGAAAGCCCCGACAGCGGCUUCGGUGGCUCGGCUCUACGGAUUGGAACAAAAAGACUUUUAUGCUGCUCAAAGUCGCGCCGAUAGACAUGUUGAUUCUGGAGAUCAACGCCGCAUUCUGACUGCUCCUGAACGACGCCUGCUCGCACAAUACGUCGGCACACUGGCCGACAACAACAAAGGCAGACGACGAGCCCUGGCAGUGGUGCUCAUGUACCACCUCCUCGAAACCCGCCACGCAGCCCGCGAACGAGCGCUCGAGCUAAAAAUACCGGAUGCACGGCUGAUUCAGCCACUGAAUGACCGCGAACUUGACUUCCUCGCGCGUCUGAGCACAAAUCCCGAACAACCCCCCUUGCGAGAGAAAUGGUUUCAGGUUUGGGAGGCUGAGUUUGCGCCCCUUUUGGAAACCGCCAGAACCCAAGACCCACACCGCCUUGCCGCCGCCACACGUUCUCGCUGUGAAGAGCACUUCCGCUCUCUGGGAAAUGCACUGCGGCAGCUCAACUUUUUACACGACACCGGGCCCCACGCGGGAACCAUCCGCUUAGAUCGUACGUCAUUAGCUCUCUGUCUUGAUGCCUCCGUCCACCCCAACUCAACUCUACCUGAGUUUGCUUGCGUCAACAUAGGACUGUCACAUGUGUGGUCCAUUGACAAAAUGCCAGGCCUCAACGCAGGCCUGGGCAUGUUGCAGGGCGAUUUUCGAAGUGAGCAUAGUAUGGAUCGUGGCGCCGCGACGGAACAAGCGUCCGACCGGACAUUGACUGUGGUGCUUGCUAUUUCCCUUGAUGGCGCCCUCGCGCCCCCCAUGGUUAUUCACAAGCAAGGCACACUUCCUCCAGAGAAGAUUGCCGGCCCUGCAAACCUUCCAAGCAGCCUUGUGUUUGACCAUGAUUUUGGCCACUUUGCUUCUUGUGCAAACAACAGCGGUGACAUCACUAGGCCUCUUUUCUUGGGCUUUUGCCGUCGCCUUCGCGCGUUUGUCGGGCAUCGGGAGCCAAUCUUGCUCAUAUCCGAUGGUCUCAAGACGCGCAUCCCAACACCGCUGAUGGCAUAUCUCAAGUCCAUCAACAUUUUCCUCUUCCUCGCCCCACCCCAUACCAGCCAUUGGCUUUCUCCAAACGAUCAGUGGCAUCAGCACAUUUAUCGCGAUCGCACCACGUUGUUGUUCGAAACACCCUCGGUCGCCCAAGGAGGAUCAGCAAGCCUUGAUGAGAAAAUUGUUGCCCUCUACGCCGCCAUUCACAAGCAGCAUCAAUGUCCCGAACGGAUACAAAGUGCCUUCGGGGCCGCAGGUAUUGCAAAGGAUCGUUGGGGCAUCGACCUGAUGCGCCAUCAGCCACUUGAGGAUGCUCCAGAUCAGAGAGCGGCCAAUGCCUUGUCUGCACUGGAUACCAUGUUGCUAGAGACAAAAAAAGCCAAUCCUGGCCCGCUCUCUGCUCAGAGCUCGCCGCAAGCAAUUUCUCGCUGGGGCGAAGACAUUCGACGCUACGCGACGGCCCAAGCACGCCUGAUCAAGUGCUUCGAGCAGAGAUUUCUUGACGUGACGGCCCAACAACAGCAGUUGUUGGCUCUUUUGACACCAGUGUUAGGCGAACGUCUACCCAAACGAGCCCGGGUGGAUGUCACUACCGCACUUGAACCGUCAGAUGCACCAUUGGCUGUGACCGACCAACAAUCGGCUGCAAGUUCAGCAACAAUUCAGAGCCGAUCAGGAGGACAAGCAGCAUGCCAGCAGAUACAGGAAAAGCUUGGUCUGCCGGCCACGACCAAAGAACACCUCAAGACGGCAUGCCAACGCCUGGGGUUGGCUUGGACGGGCAACAAGCCAGACUUGCUGGCUAGACUCCAGGCCAAAAUGGGAUUGGUCACUGAAGCCCAACCAUCCACGGCGUCGGCACACGAUGUUGAUUCACUUGAAAGCGCGGAAGCAAGUAUGCAGAAUACCAUUGUUCCAACAACUGCAACUGCAAUACUGCAAUCGGUCUCUGAAGUCCAGCCAAACGCCGUGGCGAUAGAGUCACCACGGCCCUCAUCAGGCACGCUUGCCAGCGCUCAUGAUCCGACUGUGAAUGGCCCCAAUUCGGAAGAAUCUGGCUCUUUUUUCGACUGUGUCAACAUCUGUACCAACUCUAGCCUUGAUCUUCGUGGGCCUUUGUUCGAGUGGGUCACUGACCUACCUGAGGACCUGCUCAGAGGCAACGAGGAGGUCGACCCAGCUCUUCUUGAAGCUCAGUGGUUCCAGCAGCCGAGCCAGUUGAACAUGGAAGAGAUGGAUCGCUUGAUUCAAGCCUGCGAUGGCCCUACGCGUGCAUAUCGAGCAAAAGUCGCAAGGUUGACAUCCGCGCAUGACACAUUGUUGACCUAG